AAAGAGACUAUUUGGGUCAGGAUAUAGCAACACAAGUAUUUCUCGAAAGAUUAUGCGACCAUCAUACAUAGAGAUAUGGCGAGUUUCCAAACGAUGUUGCUAACGCAAUUUUUGUGUCUUAGCUUAUGCGUUUAUUCUGUUUGGACUGAUCCUCCUGAAACAGGAAGCUGUACUUUGGAGGCUGGACGAAAUUUGACAUACUGGCACAUAAUGACCAACAAGCAGAUGUUUGAGAGGGAAACGGUGGCAAAUGGUGCAAAACUUCGUGUAAAGUGUCCGGUUAAUGAUUACGAUUACUCGGUCUAUUACGAUAAUGACAAAACGAACGGUGAACAUGUAUCACAAGAAUACAUUGAGUGUGUUGAUGGCGCAUUCACAAAUCAUACGUUGGCAUGUGAAAUAGACACUAAGUCACCUCCUGAAGCGCAACCCAGCCCUAAAAAGUGUACAGCAAUCGCCAACGGACAGAUAACAGAUCGUGGUAAAUCUUUCACAUGUAACACAGACUUCAAACCUUCGUUCAAGAACGGAAUGGAUGCUAUUCUGUAUACGAGAUACUCGUGUACGUGCAAUCAAAUAUCCGGUAGAUUACAGUGCAUGGGAACAGAGGUAGAAUGCACUCCAAUUGGCUGCCAGAUACCAUCACAUGUGCAACAAGGAAUGACUUUAUAUGAUCCGCGCGAACGACGAACAAUCUCCGCAGCUAACCGCUAUGAAAUACAGCACAAUCAAUCUCUGAUAUUUUCUUGUGAACCAUCUGACGUGUUUUACUUCGAGCCAAACAGAAGAAUGUUCGACUGUGUCAAAGGUUCAUGGGUUUUCAAGAAACGCUCCGACAUGGAUACGUGGGAGUUUAAAAACAACGGGUCAUUCCCCGAAUGCCGAAAAGUUGUGUGUCCAGCAGAUUAUUGCAAGUUUGGUGGUCACUGCAUCCGAGAUCAUGAAUGCAAAUGUCCGGAACAAACGAUCGGGAAACAAUGUGAAACACCACUGUGCAAUACUGAAUGUCAGAACGGAGGAAAGUGUGUAUCACCUGACAGAUGUCAGUGCCCUGAGGGAUUUGAUGGAGGACGAUGUGAAAACGAUAUCAACGAAUGCGCUACCGCUCCGUGUAAGAACGGCGCCACGUGCAGCAACCUUCUGAAUGCCUACUUGUGCAAGUGCAUACCUGGCUGGCAGGGGAAAAACUGUGAUCAGGCACUGUGCAAUCCUGAAUGUCAGAACGGAGGAACGUGUGUAUUACCUGACGUGUGUAACUGCCCCGAUAGGUUUUGUGGAAAACAUUGUGAAAUCGUAAGAGUGUGUUCCACUGAUGAAUAUUUGGUCAAGAAUGACUCUGCAUUGUCCGUAUCGUCGCAGUAUUUUCACCCAUUGUACCCGACUGAGUCUGAAAUGUUUGGGGCUGACCAGGGACGUCUUAAUUCAGUGGAGGAGGGAUGGGGAACAUCAUUUCGAGCAGGGAUAUGGAUGCCAGCUGUUAAUGACACGAACCCUUACAUUCAGGUAAACUUCACAGUCCUGAAAAUAAUCACCAGCAUUGUAACGAAAGGCAGGCCCCGUUCAUGGCAUCAGCUUUUUGCCCAGUGGGUGACGCACUACCGCUUCAUGUACAGCAUAGACUGUAAGACCUUCAUCACGUACACGGACAUGACUGGUGCUCCAAUGAUGUUCUGGGCAAAUAUAGACGGGGACUCCAUACAAGCCAACAAAUUGCCUUGUCCUGUGCUAGCCAAGUGUGCAAGAGUGAAUCCAAUCGGUUGGCGCAUUUCUAUCUCCAUGAAAUUUGACAUCGGGGGUUGCGAUGUAUCUUCAUUAACGGAUGUUUAAAUACGUUGCUAAUUCAUUGACAAUGCCAAUCAACGUAAUUCGUGUCAUCAAUACGAAAACAAAUAAAAGACACAUGUGUAAUAAUGAAUCCAUAUAAUGAAUGUUUAAAAUACGUAUAUAAUAAUAUAGCAUGUAUCAACGUCGUUCUUGCUUUGAAUUUAACUAACUGUGUUAUUCAAACAUAUGAACGUAAGGUAUCAUACAAAGGUAAUGCAGAUAUUGUAUUCGGGAUUUGUCAAGAAAGUUUGGAUAUCAUAUUCUAUCGAGAUAUUAAUUCAUUAUUGUUAUUUGUUUAGAGGUAUUGAACAUGAUGUUAGUUGUAGAUUAAUUGAUAUAUAUUGAAAAAUUGAAAAUAAAUGCGGAAAUAAAUAAUUAUAAUUGGAAGUAAACCACAAAUCAAACAUUAAUACGACAUGCUAAAUGAUUUAAUAAAUAUGUUUUCCACACUUUGGGAACACUUUCCAUAUAAGGCGUGCGAUUAACGUUUGCCACUUAUGUUGACUAUGGCAGAUAACACAAUUUUAAUUGUUGAAAAAAAAAGUUAUAUCAUUGUAUUUACAGAUUGUAUACCAAAACAUGAGUGUUGUUCAGUUCUUACG